ACGGGGCUGGCUCGACUCUAAGUAAGAUCCAAAAGGAAUGAACCAGCAACUUAAUACAAAAUCCUGACAGCAGCAAAACAAGUAACGCAGUGUGGCGGGUACUCUAUUCUCUAAGGUAGCUGCUCAGUCUGUCAGGCAUUGAUAUAGACAGCUCAAAUGGGCCCUGAUUGUGAAGCCUACAUUUUAAAACUACAGAAUAUCCUGUUUUCUUCACCCUGAUCAGCUGAUUAGUCAGAGACUGUCAAACUUCCUGUCAAAACAAUUAACUGUCUCAGCUGGGGUUUUCUUUCUUGACGAAUGCCUCCAAUCUUUUUUUUUUUGUUUUGGUUUUGAAUGACAGUGUUAACAUAGAUUAGAGUUUGCUAUAUCAUUCUCCCUCACACCACCCCCGUCCCCAACUCCUCAACACCUUCCCUCCUCCCCACCUCACUCCAACCCGCCCGCAGGAUUGGAAAGCCCUGCUGCUUUUCUGGCUUUGUGCCCUACAGCAGUGCUUCCAGGGUGGGAUCUGGCUCAACUCAGUUUACAGAAGAGACUUUUCAACAAAAAAAAAAGAGACAAAACAUUUCGAAACACGCCAAGCACUCAAGAGCAGGGGAGAGAAGUGUCAAGAAUGGAGAAGAGAAAUGGAACUCAGGACACCACUAGUAGCAGCACUGAGCUACCAGUGACAAUUCCAGAUGAUGCUCCUGAAUGCUUCAUCUGUAGAGAACUGGAGGUGACAGACCGUGAUUCCUUGUUACAGUAUUGUGACUGCAAGAGUUUAGUCGCUCAUCACAAGUGUUUGCUGACGUGGAUACAAAAGGGCCCCAAGAAUGAAGACAGGCUGAGUUGUAAAGUAUGCACAGCUGAGUACCACCUUCAGACUGGCUCAGCAUGGAAGCUUGUUGCCUUCCGUUGGCAGAACUGGGUAAUUCUCACAGUAAUCUUGGGCCUAAUGAUGGUUGUACCAUUCACCGUGUACAGGAUGAUGACAGCCUUCGAUGACCCACCACCUCAUUCUCUCUUUAAAGCAGCGUCUGUUUGCUUUGGACUACUAUCAGAAACUUUCCUGAUCAAGACUCUCAUCUAUUGCUGCAACAGCAAAUACAGGAAGGCCAAAAUGUCCUCGUUCUCCAUCAGGGGGAGAAAUUCGGAGAAAUGUGACCGAGGGAGGAAUCUUUUGUGGCUACCUGGUCACAGUCCAACAGCUGCUGCAGGGAGUAGGAUCGAAGGAGGCAAGCAGGAGACAGCUAGACCCAGCAAAGGUCUGGAGCUGUGCGUGUGAAAACAACAGGGGAGCUGGGAGAGGCUAAGACUCAAAUUAGCACCUUCCCCAGUCCCCUCUCUGCUUCCCUGGCUGGGGCAAAGGGAAACAGAUUGACUGUUGGUGACUCACAUUUAACUCUGGGAAUAAACACCUUCCUCUCCUGCUGACACUCUGACUAGGUGGGAGCCACUUUUCGACAGAGGGUGGCAGUUAUUGUUUCACACAGAAUACGAUUCUCGUGUUUACUGAAGGAGGGCCAGUAUUGAGAGAGAGAAAAACGAUAAAAAGCACUGGAGGAAAAAAAAAUAUCGAAAAGAAUCAAGUGGGAUGUCUUGAGCAAGAAACUUUGUCUGGAAAAGAUCAGGAGUCUGCCCAAGCUUGCUUGAUUUCUGUAUUUGAAAACGCCUGUUGUGAACGCUGGAAGACAAGAAUGCAAUAUCGAGAGACUCUUAAACUGAGUUUCACUCGUCCUGCCUUUUAGCGCACCUCCCUGCAGUUCAUUAUGCCAAAAUGUAUUAAUCUGUACUCUGGGACUGUCUGGUUCUGUGGGCUGCACCCAUGUAUUUCUGAGACUGAAACUUUUUGAUAGCACUUUCUGUAAAAAUAGAUGUAGCAGUCCUUUGUAUAUGUAUAGAAUUAAUAAAAUCUAUAAGGCACAUAUCAUGCAACAUAGGAGCAUUGUUCAAACGUGUAAGUCAGUGUAAGUGACUGUCAACAGCUCUAGGCCAACACAACAGGAGAUAGAACCUCAGUGUUGAACUCUGGCAUGCUAUCUGCUCUUAUUUUCUUUUUGCAAUGCCCAGGUCAAAAGUCAGACCUUGAGAGCUUUACGAAGCUAAUAGCCCUGGAUACCAAAUGGACACUUUAACGUCAUUACAAGUGGGGGGAUUAUUUCAUUUCCUGCGCUGGGGCCUCCAGUCACUUGCAGAAGAAGUCACUGGAGAAACCUCUCAAACAAGCACCUGGAGCUGUCAAGAAGUCAGAUUGAUUGUGUUGAAGACACCAGCAUAGUGUCUCGGUAAUGAAGCGCGCUGCAGUAGUCAGAUAUAUUUCACCCCCUCUUACAUUUUAGUAAUUGGUCCACUUCCGUUAACCUUUCCUGCUACUUUACAUCUAAUACUUGCACAUAUUAAGGUCUUUGCACCAAAUACUUGCACAAUGCUUAAUUAGAACACUGGUAAACUCAUUAUUUUUCUCUCGAAGUGAAAGGACCCUGCUAUAAGGAUUUUAAACGGAUCUAUUAACAGAUCUGUGUGACUGAAUGAAAUUUGUGUGGUUUUACUGAAAGCUUUGCAGACUGUUAGAGAAGCACUUACAAAAGCUGCAGGACCCCUGCACUUGAGAAGCUCAUUGAGUUCUUACUUUGUAAUCAGGACAUCAAUCAUGCUACUUAGACUUAUAGUCUUGUUGUACAACCCCAUGUGUAAAAAUGCACCAUUCCUUCUCCAUACCGAUUCAAUGGGUACACUGCACAGUCUUGCAACAGGGUUCAAUUCCAUGCUUUUGCUGAAUUAAUGAUACCUGGAGUUUCCUCCGGGAGGGCAACUCGAAGGUUAGAUUUGAAGCUGCACGCAAUGCCUCACCCAUUUUAACCAGUCACUUUUCAAGUAUCCCUCCAGUCUCAAUAGGAAAUAUGCAACUUCACACAGAUGCAAAACAAUCAGAGCUGCAGGAAAGUGUUUAACGCACACUUUAGCAGGAAAUUUUAACUUAUCUCUUCCUUGCAUGCACGUUAGACAGAACAGGUUUAAAGACCUGCCGUCAGUGAAGGUUUUCAAUUUUUAAGAAGUCCUUCACAAAUCUGUUCAAAAUAACAAAAAAUGUGAAUCCAGUCUUGAUGUGCUUGUCUUUGUGUUAGCCUACAUAAAUCAUACCUCAGAGACUUAAAAUCUUAUUGAGACAGAUAUCUGAAAAUUUAUUAACAAUAAGGUUCACUGACAUGACAUCUCAGACUUGCAUAUUCUGCGUUCAGUUAUAUUGCUGCUACUGUAAUUGACUGGCUGACUAAUUAAGUGUUUUACUGGGUCAACCAACAACCGACUGCUUGUCUGCACAGGAAAUAAGAUGGAAACUUUCUGUAUUGGAAUGUCACAAUAUUAUCUGGCUGUCUUAAAUGUCUAGCGUCUUUCUGAGAUCUUUGCAAUAAUGUAACAUCCCUGUUUUUCUCUAUACAGAAUAAGAAAGCUGAUAAAUAUGAAUGAGCAAAAAACAGUAUGUUGCAUUAAUACAUAAAAUAACACCUGGCAGGCAUACAAUAUGAAAGGAUCUGGUCAUCAUGCAAUUAUCAUGUGACUCAGCUGUGUAAUUUCACUUUACAGCAUGUGGUCUGUCAUCAUAAUUGAAUGUGUAUCAUGAGCCAUAAUGUCUGCUUUGAUACUUUAAGCAUGCAAGCCAUCAUUUUGACUGACAGAUGGUACCAGGAGUGGUAUCUCUGACUUGUCCCACAAAAGGGAAAUUUGAUGGUCAGUUACCAGAAUAUAGCAAUAUCGCUAGACAUGGGCAAAUACCAGUUGUGAUCUCACACCACUGCUCAGAAGGACUUUCUUGUAGAAUGAAAGGUUCUCUCCAUUAUUGAAAUUGAUGGAUUUGGGAUGUUUCACAUGUUGAUCAAUGUCUUUCUUGAUGCCGAGCCGAUAUAUAUUCUAUGUUUUGGUGUAUUUUUCUAUGUUUUAAGAUGGCGCCGGAAAUUGCUGACACUAUACAACUCCUUUCACUGUGUUUUAUAUCAAAUCUAUGUGACAGUAAAUAAAUAUAAACCAGAUGAUCUUUUUCUUCUUCA